CGUUCUUCCUCUUCAAGUUUCCUUCAGACUGCUUACAUUCACUGAGGGGGCAGUAGUCGGUCCUGAAGUGUGGCACUUGUAUUUUAAGCCGUGUCUUCAACUCUAGUUUGUCAAGAAAUUGAACUUUUGUAGGUCUCAGAGAAGGGUGUUUUCUUCUGAAAGAGGCUUGUAUUUACCCUAUAUUUGUCCAACUCGAGGUCAAUUAUUCAGUAUUAGAAAGGCAACCAAGUUUUGCAAACGUUUCCAGAGAGGAAACAAACUUGCGAUAUAGGCAUUUUGAAGUAUCGAGGAAAAACACAGUUAUGGCUGACUCCGGGGGAAGCCCAGCUUCGAGCGCUUUGGAGAAGCUGAAGGCAUACGUCAAAACUCGGAAAGGAACUAUUCUGACUGCAGAAAUUCUGAUCAGCUUCAUCAUCCUCAUCUGCUAUGCGGCGUCGUACUACGGCGGCUACUCUGCGGUGGCCAUCUGUGAGAUGGUGUUCGCCAUCAUCUUCAUGGCCGUCUUCAUGAUGGAGCUCGACAAGUCCUUCCAGGUCGUCAACUGGCCCUGGUCUGACCUGAUCCGUGCUGCGAUUGGUGCAGCCCUCUACCUCAUCACCUCCUUCAUCUGCAUCAUCGGGGGAGGAUCAGACGGAGCUCGCAUCGCCGGCGGGGUGUUUGGUCUGCUGGCGGCCAUCUUGUUUGGCUAUGAUGCCUACUCCGUCUGGAUGCAGAUCAAGGGAGGCAGGACACACACUCCAGCUGCCACAGAUGAGGGAGUGUAAAGAGAGCUGCCAGGCUGAAACUACACCACAGUGGAAGGAAUAAAAAAAACUACAGAAGAGAAGUACAGAAGAGAAAAGAGAAAUCAAAGCCGGCGGUAGGAUCUGCAACAUUCAUCCCAUGAAAAGACGAGGAAAGAAGAAACACUCAAGAGGAACCACAAACGAAGAAGAUGGAAAACCACACGCCAAAUCUAGAACAAAGCACUAGAAAGCAUCGUAACACAGAGCACAAUUUAUGACAAGGGGCACACGAUGUGACGCCAAACAAGAAAGAGAGAAAGCAAGAGAAGCAAAUGAACAACAAAACCUGAAACACAGAAACAGCAGUCAGUCUGUCUGUCAGAGAAAGGAGUCAUUCAGUUCAAAGUCGCUCGCCCACGGUCCCUCAGUAAUGGCCCACCGCCUCCCUGAGGCCACGUUCACACCCGCUCUACUCCCCUGAAAGAAAGAAAGGGACAGUUGUAAAAAGUCAAAGAGGGAAGGGGGGAGUAAAUGACCUGAGAAAAAGAGAUAAACAGCGAAACACAAAGAAUGUGUUAUUUUCAGUUUGGUGCCAUUUUGGUUGAAAACAGUACAUGCUAGGUAACGCACCAUACAGUAACUAGCUUAAGGGCUAUUUUAGAAUUUAGUGUUUUUUUUUCAUUCAUUGUCAGAAACAAAUGAACCGCCAGGAAUAGUUAAUGUGUGACUUGGCUGUCUCCUAGUAACUGACCUCCACUCACCUGGUCACAGAGUGACCUUACACGUACGUAGCUCUGAUGCCGUUUCCUGUUUCCUGAAGCACAUUAAUACAAACAGUUCUGGUCAUAAUCAUGGCAGACAAGCAAAGGGGGGGAAGACUGUAGUGUUUUGGAAUAUUGAGUUCAUACAAUGACCUUGGUUUGAGUUUUUUAUUUAAUUUAAUAUUUGUUUUUGCCCCUCUAGACUCUACACUUGAUUUUGUUUCUUAAACUUGAACUUCCUGGGAGUUGAAUGUAGUUGAUUGAUUUCUAUAUGGGGAUGAAAGGGACGUGCUAAUUUGGCUUGAUGUUUUUCUAAACGUACGGUAUGUUUGCUUAUUUUGACCAGAAAGUAGUGAAAUUACUUCCUUCCUUCCUUCUCCACAGACGACUAAGCAUACAGUCAGUUGUAUGUAACUGACCUGCAAUUCUGUUGCCAAUUAUUUCUCUCUAUUUUACUGUAUUUCGUUUUCUUUGUUUCCUUUUUUGCUUUGGUUUUGGUUGUCUUUGACUCCUAAUAAUAUUUUGAUAUUUUACAGUGACUAAAGCAAUUUUUGUCCAUUAUUUUCAGAUACUGUUGUUCUUUUAAACAAAGGAAAACCUGUAUUUUUGUAUGUUUUACUUUAUUUUGAAACCUGCAAUUUGCGGUUUGUAAUGACACUUUUAUGCUGUCAUUCCUUUUUCUAACAGCAGGGGGUGUUGUCUAGAUUUACAACAGCUCUCAGACCCUGAGACUAUUUUAGUUUUUUUCAAUAAUGCCAACUCAGGAUACACAGUUUUCCUCUCGUUUCUGUUCUAUUGAAGACUAAUAUAAAAGAGGAGGCAAGUCUUUAUGUCAUUGUCAAUGUUUGUCAAUGUGAGUGUUUUAGCAGGAAAAUGUGUUAUGCAGUAUGUUCUGUUUUUUUCUUUCCUGUGUUUGUCUAAUACACAACACCUUUGCCUUUUUGUGCUAUGUGAAACAUUAAAAUACUUGUAUCACUA